AUCACUUAUAUCCAUCCAACGCCGCAAUCUCAUAUGCGUCAUGGCUACUUCUAGCCUUGACUACUCUGUUGAUCAAGCGAUUGCAAGCUUCUUCGAGCGGACUACGGCGACUCGCUCGGCCUGCGAUGCCUUUGCAAGAGAACAUCUUGGUGGUGAAAUCGUUCCGGUAGCUGUGCAGGGCGUAUGCAGCUAUACGGUCUAUGCUGGGCCGAAUGACGAGUUUGUCGUUCAAUUCCGCCUUAAGUCUUCUCGUUUAAGCAUGGAAACAGUAAAUCUGGCACGCGCCAUUUAUGGAGAGUUUGCUCCUGAGGUCAUCACUAGGGGACAGAUUGGGAAAGAAUUAGUGGGAAAGGAAGCCCUUCAUAUCUAUGUCAUGGAUAGAAUACAGGGAAUUAGCUACUUGGAUUUUAUCCUGGCGCACAACAAUCAGUUUCCCGAAAAUUCAGCCGAGUUUUCUUCAUGGCGCGAGAAUCUGGUAAUUGACUGCGCCUCGUUCUUUGCGCUUUCGUGGAAAUCACCCCAAAUCGUUGAUCAGAGCUACCGCGAUAGUCUAUAUCAUCAAUAUAAGAGCGAGCUUGAGUUACUACUCAUAUCUCUGCCGGACCGAUUUCGCCCCUUGAUUCAGAAAUCAAUCAGCUCUUUGCCUGCUAUCUUUUCUCUCCCUAUGGUGUUAUUACAUAGGGAUUUUGGGGUCUGUAAUAUCAUGGUGAACGAAACCACAUGCAACCUAGUUGGGGUGGUGGAUUGGGCCGAAGCAGAGGUUGCACCGUUUGGCCUAAACCUUCACUCCCACCAACGACUGAUAAGUAAGGUCCAUCUCAAGGGCGGUUGGAUGAGAUACGACGAUUAUGUCACAUUAGAGGAUAUAUUCUGGAGCAAAUUCAAGAAGGAAGCUGGAGGGCUGAGCGAUGAGGAAAUCAAAACCAUCGAAGCAGCAAGAAUUGUUGGCUUGUUAUUGUCCCGCGGUUUCACUAGUCGUCUUUCAAAGACCACAGAGGCAGUACCUAUUCGGGAUGAUGAGAAGGGAGCAUACAACAUGCGUGACCUGGAUGGGUUGUUAAUCCAUCCGAUCACGAGAUUUAUAGACCUGGCAUAA